AUAAAAUUGAUUCAGUCUCUCAUAAAAAGCUGCGCGAAACAGUGGAACUUCUCAGAGUGUAGCGGAAGUUCAAUGGAAAAUAUUUAUACAAAGUUUUUUUCCACAAUAAAGUGCUCAUUGGUGACUUAAAACAAACGUUAAUAAUCAUGGAGUGGCUGGAUACAAUUUUUACCAUUCUCGCUGUUAUUGCUGCCUUCUAUUUCUACAUAUCGCACAAGCAAUCCUUCUGGGAGCGAGAAAAUGUGCCCUUCGUUAAGCCUGUUUUCCUCUUAGGAACACCAGGUGAAGGCUUAUUGCAGCGCGUCUCGUUUCGAGAUCGAUUCCACAAAGUUUAUAAAGAAUUGAAGCCCAAAGGCAAGUUUGGCGGACUCUACAUGUUUACUUCACCUGCCAUGAUGAUAAUCGAUGUCGAUCUUGUCAAGGCUGUCCUGAUUAAAGACUUUCAUCACUUCGAAGACCGUGGAUUUUACGUGAACGAGAAAAGCGAUCCACUAUCGGCACAUCUGUUUUCAUUAGUCGGAAGCAAAUGGAAGAAUUUGAGGGCAAAACUAACUCCAACAUUCACCAGUGGCCGAAUGAAGAUGAUGUUCCCAAUCAUUGCUGGCAUUUCCAAAGAGUUUGUGAGGGUCUUUCAGGAAAAAGCCGCGAAAGACAGUGUAGUCGAAGUCAAGGAUCUCCUAGCUAGAUUCACGACAGACGUCAUUGGCAACUGUGCUUUCGGACUCGAGUGUAACAGUCUCAAGGACCCAAAUGCGGAAUUUCGUCAAUAUGGAAUAUUAGCCUUCAGAAGAACACCAAUUGAGGGUCUGAAGCAGGUUUUUCUAUUGACAUUCCCGAAGAUCGGAAAAUUCUUCGACAUGAUGUUCAACAAUCCUAAAGUUGCAUCCUUUUACAUGAAAGUCGUUCAGGACACAGUGAGUCACCGAGAGAAAAACAAUGUUGAAAGAAACGAUUUCAUGAACCUCUUAAUAGGGCUUAAGAAUAAUCAAAGUGAGAGUGAGAAGUUAACUUUGAAUGAAGUUGCAGCGCAAGCAUUUAUAUUCUUCUUGGCUGGAUUUGAAACUUCCUCAACAACUAUGAUGUUUUGUCUUUACGAAUUGGCUCUGAAUCCAGACAUUCAGGAGAAAACCCGAGAACACAUUAAUCAAGUUCUGCAAAAGCACAACAACGAAUUCACUUACGAGGCGAUGAUGGAUAUGACUUACCUUGAGCAGGUCGUCAAUGAAACAUUGCGAAAGUAUCCCAUUGUGACCAAUCUCUUGAGGAAUUGCACCAAAGACUACGAAAUACCAAAUAGUAAGGUCACAAUCAGGAAGGGCACAAGGAUAUUCAUCCCGAUUUAUGGACUUCAUCAUGAUUCUGAUUACUAUCCAAACCCGGAUAAAUUCGACCCUGAGAGAUUUACCAAGGAAGCUAUAGCAUCACGACCUCAAUGCACUUACAUUCCUUUUGGUGACGGUCCUAGAAAUUGCAUAGGAAUGCGUUUUGGAUUAAUGCAAGCUCGCAUUGGCUUAGCGGCUAUUCUGCAAACACUUAAAUUCUCUCCGUGCGCCAAAACUGAUAUUCCUCUCAAAGGAUUCCCACCGACUUUGCCUUUGUUGGUGCUUGAGAAGGGAGUUCAUUUGAAAGUGGAAAAAGUGUAAUUCUUUAUCUAAUUCAGAUGGUUUUUUUUUUAAUAAUUACUGUUCAGUAGGCGAGUAAAGUCAAGGAAAAUUGAGUUAUGCUGUCGUCUAAUCAAUUUAUCCGAGUGUAGUGAAGAACGUGAAGCUAAAAAUUUGCUGUUUCACUGUAAUUCAGAUGUAUUGGUAAAUUUCAUUUGAUGUUGGGGAGAAUAAAAUGACUGUGGA